AUUCGGUACAUGAGUGUUAUGUUCUUAGUGACAUUGUAAUUAAAAAACGUAGUUAGUGGUUUCGGAUUUGUUUAAAUAAUGUUUUUUAAUCUCAAGUGCUUCAGUAAAUUGGAAUAAUGAUGGGGACUAGAUACAAAUGUUUAGUUACUGUGUUCUUGAUUUUAUUAGCUUCCCCGGAAAUUAGUCAUGGCUGUGAAAUGGAAGGCGUGAUUUUCUGGCACUUUUGGCAAGACGUUUCAAUUCAAGAUGUUUUCGAAGGUGUUGUCGUUAACAGAUCUACUUCAAAUAUUUUAGGAAUACAAAGUGUGACACAAACUUUAACUAAUCGCGGACCAUAUAUGGAAGUCUUGAUGUUAGACUCCUUUUUUAUAAUACGAACAAACGAAUCGUUCAAAUAUUAUGAGGAAUAUGAGACUUCACAUCAAAUUAGUGUCGCUACAACAUUUAAUUGUGUUGGAGGAUCUACAAAUUCAUUGACUUUCAUUAUAACGGUUAAUGACACAAAUAACAACGACCCCAUAUUUAGGCCGGACGAUGUAUAUGAAUUUACAAUGAUACCACCAUUGCCACCAGGAUUUCAAAUUACCAAUAAUCUUAAUCAAAUAUUAGUAAGAGAUAUAGACCUUACGACUCAAAGGAUAAAUUUCGAAAUUUUAGAUAACUCGUAUUUCAUAAUUGAUUAUGAUGCGUCGUCGACGACUCCUAAAGAAUUUUUAGCAUCCUUAAAAACAACAACAUUCAUAAGGAAUAUUCCGGAGACUAUCGAAUUCAUAAUAAGUGCAACGGAUGUGGAUUUAACUGGUGAUCCACGCCGAACGAGUAAUGCCACAAUACGAAUUCAAAGUGACGGCUCGUUUGAAUUGCCUGAAGAGUUAGUUUUUUCACAAACUUUUUACUUGGCCGAUUAUACAGAAGAAAAUCAAAUAAGACUACAGGAACCAAUCACACUGCAGCAAGGCUACCACGAACAAGUGACGUUUUCACUGGUUUCAGGUAUAAGCAUUUUAGACGAGCAUUAAAACUUAUUAUCGAGAAUAUGUAAAGACAACGGAUUUUUUUUAAUUAACUCACGUUUAAUUUCAGAUGAGAAUUCAAUAUAUUUUGAAAUUGAACCAAAUGGCAACGACGUUACAUUUAAUGUUGUUAAGCCAAUACCAGCCGAUGUAUUAGCACUCAGAAAGCUUUUUAUAAUAGUGAGAGCUGAUAGAGAACUUACUAGUGGUACAAGCGCCACCAUUGUUGUACAGUUACCUGAAGUAAUAAAUCUUCGAUUUGAAAAGCCUAUCUACGAAGGAGCCAUCAUUGACAACACUUUGGAACUUACAAAGCUGAUUUUAUCUCAAGGCUAUGAAAAUCAAAUGAUUUCUGUCGAUAUACAAAGUGGUUUGUAUUGAUUUUAUAUUGAAAUAAUUAAGACCUACUGUGCGUUAUGUAUGUUUUUAUGGUUUCUACAAAACUUUUAAGCUAUAUGAAAAGGGUUUUUUUUUUCAUUCCCAUAAUUUCCUCGAAAUGACUAUACGAAAAAGUAAGAAACUCAAUUGUCACAGUAUAUGAUAUCGACCUAAAGAAUAUCUCAAAAAAUUAAAUAACUGAAAUUUUUUUAUUUUCUAUCUUGAAAGGUUUUUAAGUAAUUCAAUCUCCCUUUCAGAAUACGCAUCUAACUUUGACUAUAAUGUUUUGGAGAAUCAGAUAACAAUAAUUAUGUCACCCCUUAGCAAUGACAUCAUUAACCAAAACACAUUUCUGAAUUUAAAAGUGAUCGCUUCGACUAGUCUCAGUUCAGCAUCGAGUGUCAUUACCUUAGAGAUAGUCAAAGAUGAUUUAACGACUCCUGCUUUUGAACGAGCAUUAUAUAAAGGCACUUACGACGUUGUUGAUGGAUUAACAUUGGGAGAAAUUGUAUUAAUUCAAGGCUUUGAUGAUUCUGUUCAACUAUCAUUACAAGGAGGUAGUUAUUAUAGUUCAAAUAACUAUUAUAAUUAUUUUUUUGAACAUAGUAACACAUUUUUUUUUUAAAUAUAGUACACAGAGACUUGUUUCAAAUGAGCCCACCUGGACCAAAUAUAUACCUGACAGUUUCGUCUAUACCUGUUGAGAUAUUUAAAGAACAACAGAUAUUAUUGACUAUCGAAGCUACUAAACCUAGAACUGUUGGAGCCAGUACUGCAAUAUCUAUCUCUUUACCUCCAGAAAUCCUACUAAAAUUUGAACAUCAAAACUAUAACGGGAAAAUUAUUGACAAUAUUCUCGAGCUUAAUGACCUUGUUCUGAGUCAAGGCUAUGAAUCUGAAAACAUAAUUAUCGACAUAGAACAUGGUAAUUGUCUUUGAUUUAUUUUCUAUUACUUGUUAUAUUCAUAACCUAAAUGUAUGGUAACCGCUAAUUAUUUAAUUGCAGAAUAUGCUUCUUCCUUUAGCUAUAUAAUCAAUGGAAACAGUAUAACACUAUUGAUGUCACCACUCGACGCUAAUGUUAUUCGGGAAAAUACAUUUUUAAAUUUAUUAGUGUUUGCUACCACUGAUCGUAGUUCAGCAUCAACUGUAGUAACAUUAGAAAUUGUUAAAAACGAUAAAACGACACCCAUCUUCGAGCACUCUUUAUAUAGUGGGUAUUAUGAUCCUAUAGAAGGAUUAAGUAUUAUCGACAUCGUUAUCAGUCAAGGCUACGAUGACAGUGUUGAUGUUGUGCUAACUGGAGGUAAGAUGGACUUUAUGUUAAUUGUAGCAUGAGCAUAGGCGUAUAUCUUUCAACUUGGAAAGAAACAUGGGUAGAACAUAGGUCACAUUCAACCACGCAGGUUCAAUAUGGUUUGAUGGAUA